UGCAUUCACCCCAACGCCAACGCUGUUCCGUAGGGCGGGAGGCAGAGGACACCAAAGGAGAGGAGACCCACCACGACUAUCAUCUUCCACUGGAAGGCUUUGGGCCGUUAGUUUUAGCCAACAUACUUAACAACAUUAAAGCACCACAGUGUAUUCCGAGAGGAAGCAGAUUUACUUCGUUUUACUUUCGUGUCACUGCAGGGGUUUUUUGUGGUACUCUGCAUAGGGUUAACGUUCGCCGGGUGAGGCACAGGACGGUAUUACCAGUAAACGUAACGUCAACCCGACAGAUUUGACUUGAUAACAUCGCUUUGCAAAGAUGAAUGAGACCGAUAUUGAGCCUCUGGCAGAAUAUGCAUUCGAGACGAUCUUCGAUGAAAAGGCUGCAUUCGAGUGGAUGCAAGAGAAUUGGACACAGUCCUUCGUGGUGUGUGCCAUGUAUGCUGCGGUGAUCUUCGCCGGGCGCAUGUACAUGAGGGAGAGGCCCAAACUGGACCUGAGGGCACCGCUAGUACUCUGGUCACUCAGCCUGGCAGUCUUUAGUAUAAUCGGUGCGGUGAGGACGGGAGGCUACAUGAUGAAUGUGUUGGCUAAUCGCGGCUUCAGGGCGUCUGUGUGUGACACCAGUUUCUACAGCGCCCCCGUCAGCAAGUUCUGGGCCUACUCCUUCGUACUCAGCAAACUACCCGAACUAGGUGACACUGUCUUCAUCGUUCUGCGUAAGCAGCGCCUCAUCUUCCUCCACUGGUACCACCACAUCACCGUGCUCCUCUACUCCUGGUACUCCUAUAAGGACCAGGUGGCGGGCGGUGGCUGGUUCAUGACCAUGAACUACGGCGUGCACUCCAUCAUGUACAGCUACUACGCGGCGCGCGCUGCCGGCUACCGGGUGCCCAGGCCAGUGGCCAUGUGCAUCACGGCCUCCCAGAUCAUGCAGAUGGCGAUGGGCCUGGUGGUGCUGGGCUCGGUGAACCACUGGCUGGACGAGCGGCGUUGCCCCAGCAACAUGGGCAACAUCGGCUGGGGCACCGUCAUGUACCUCAGCUACCUGGUGCUGUUCAUGUGGUUCUUCUACAAGUCCUACGUCAGCAAUGCGGCAGCCAAGCCAGCAGAGGGCGCUGUGACGACGAAAGCGAAGAGCAACAAGGCCAAGAGCAAAAAGAUUGAGUAAUAACAACCCCCCAUACCCCCAGAUGCCCCCGUAACAACCCUUAUUAUG